AUAAUAAUAAUAAUAAUAAUAAUAUUAACUGGGAAAAAGAAGAAGAAGACAGGAAGGAAACUAACCUUUCAAAUGUUUGUUUGUGUAGAAAGUAGAAUCCAAAGUCCCUAUUUAUUUAUUUAAGAUCUUUGCUCAUAACUGACUCCCUCUUUCUGUGGGUGAGUUAGCUUUCGCGUUAGGGUUUCAUUUCAUUUCAUUACCUAUACUUGACGAUUUGAGCUAAAUUCAAUUCAAUUAUACAGAAUGAAUUACCUAAUUGGAGCUUUCAAGCCUUCGUGUAAUAUCUCCACCACUUUUUCCGAUGCAAAAAAUCGCAAGCAGGUUCCGGUGAAAAAGGAGAAUGGUCAAACAGUUAUGGUUCCCCUCUUCCACAGUCAAGAAAACAUUGCUGGACAGAUUUCUAUAGAGCCUCUCCAAGGGAAGAAAGUUGACCACAAUGGUGUUAAAGUUGAACUUCUUGGCCAAAUUGAGAUGUAUUUUGAUAGAGGCAAUUUUUAUGACUUCACGUCGCUUGUACGUGAAUUAGAUGUUCCUGGAGAAAUAUAUGAAAGAAAGACGUAUCCAUUUGAGUUUUCCACAGUUGAAAUGCCAUAUGAAACGUAUAAUGGGGUGAAUGUGAGGCUCAGGUAUGUUUUGAAAGUGACUGUCACUCGUGGUUAUGCAGGAAGCAUAAUUGAAUACCAGGACCUUGUGGUUCGCAACUAUUCCCCUCCUCCAACAAUCAACAACUGCAUCAAGAUGGAAGUUGGCAUUGAAGAUUGCCUGCACAUUGAAUUUGAAUACAACAAAAGCAAGUAUCAUCUAAAAGAUGUGAUUAUUGGAAAGAUAUAUUUUCUUUUAGUAAGAAUCAAGAUAAAAAAUAUGGAUCUUGAGAUCAGGCGUCGAGAAUCAACAGGAUCAGGGGCCAAUACACAUGUGGAGACGGAGACACUAGCUAAAUUUGAGUUGAUGGAUGGUGCUCCUGUCAGAGGUGAAUCGAUUCCCAUCAGAUUGUUUCUUAGCCCUUAUGAACUGACACCAACUCAUCGCAACAUUAACAACAAGUUCAGUGUUAAGUAUUAUUUGAAUCUUGUUCUGGUUGAUGAAGAGGAUCGUCGCUACUUUAAGCAGCAGGAAAUUACGAUAUACAGGCUGCAGGAAAGUUCUUAAUCAUGUUUGAUACUCUAUUAUUGUUUUAUCCACCGAAAAGAGAAUAGAUGGUUAACUGUGACACCUUGUAUAGCCUUGAAAUUUUCGGAGAGUCUUGUUUUUUUAUUGGUCUAGAAUGUUGUCCACACUUGCUUGGUUACUCCGUUGAUUGUAUAUUGCUGAAAUUGAGUGCAUGGGUCACGUGAAGACCUGUAUUUGCUUUCUUGCUUCAAUCAUAAAAAAAUUGUUUUUCUGUUGCCAA